GUGGUGGGGAUCUUUGCGCAGGAGGCGGGUGGAAGAGGUACUGCAUCCCGUGGGUUGCUAGCAGUUAUUUUUGCUACAUCUGGGCCUGCGGGCGGCAGCUGGACAGUAUGGCAUCUUCCGUGAGGCUUAUGGCCAAAUCCAAGCUGCUUGGACUGACCCAAACUGGGCUCGUUAAGCAGCCUGUUGCAGGCCUGUCCACUGCUGCCAAUGCCAGCAAGACAAAAAAGGUGGCGGUGGCGGCGCUUGGGGUCGCAGUAGGUGGCGCUGCCGCGGUGGGCUUCGCGCUGAACCAGUCCGUGAAGGCCUCCGUGCAGCUGCACCCGCAGCAGCUGCCCUGGACUCACAACGGCAUCAUCUCCUCCCUCGACCACGCCAGCGUUCGGCGCGGCUACGAGGUGUACAAGCAGGUGUGCGCCGCGUGCCACAGCCUGCAGUACGUGGCAUACCGCAACCUGAUCGGCGUCACCCACACCGAGGAGGAGGCCAAGGCGCAGGCCGAGGAGGUCAUGGUCACCGACGGGCCGAACGACCAGGGCGAGAUGUUCGAGCGGCCGGGCAAGCUGUCCGACUACUUCCCCCGGCCGUACCCCAACGACGAGGCGGCGCGUGCGGCCAACAACGGCGCUCUGCCGCCCGACCUGACCUACAUCACCAGCGCCCGACACGGCGGAGAGGACUACCUGUUCCAUCUGCUGACCGGCUACUGCGAGCCGCCGGCCGGCGUCAAGCUGCAGGACGGCCAGUACUACAACCCGUACUUCCCGGGCGGCGCCAUCAGCAUGGCCCAGGCGCUCUACAACGAGAUCAUCGAGUACGAGGACGGCACGCCGGCCACGCAGAGCCAGCUGGCCAAGGACGUCUGCAGCUUCCUGAAGUGGACCGCCGAGCCGGAGCACGACACCAGGAAGAAGAUGAUCAUCAAGACGCUGAUGAUCUUCUCGGUGCUGAUCAGCAUCUCGUACUACAUGAAGAGGCACAAGUGGAGCGUCAUCAAGUCGCGUAAGCUCUUCUACCGGCCCAAGGAGCAGUAGAGACCGGAUGGCGGGCGCCGCCGCCGUGUCGCCGCGCUGAUUUAGAGUGCUCGCCGGCGGCCGCCCCCGGCCGGCAGCGGGUUUAUGGGUGAGCGGACGCCGCCGGGCCCGGCCAGGGGCGGGUCCAGCUGACCUCUACCGAACGGAAGAAGAAUGACCCUGAAAUUCUGACUUGUUAUGGUUUUACAUCGCGUGAAAAGUGCUGGUGUUUUAUUCUGCACGGGCGCCGAUCGUGUAACAGCAGCUGAUUUCCUCCCGCCGGCGCGUGGCUCGUGCCCGCCCCUGUGCCCGGUCAGUGCGGACAAGUGUACGUGAGACGUGUGCGCGGCGCGGGCCGGACUGUCGCCCGGGCCGGUCUGAUCCGGCCAAAUACACUGCGCUGCGGCAACCCCGCCUGUUUGGUCGGCGCGGCGCGGAACUCCAGCACCGGCUCCCGGGACGCGGAAGUGUUCCGGGGCUGGUCCGGUGCGGCACGGUGCCGGCGUCCCUUAUCGUAAAUUUCACGGCAUACGUGUAUUAGGGGGCCCGGACGUGUGCCGCGGUUCAUAUUUGGUAUUUACACCGAGUUUGGAAAACAAAUGUGACACGCGGAAUCUGUGAGGCAGGGGCGUGGUUUCACGUAAUCAGUUGUGGAUGUGAGCGGCAAAUGCUAACCGUAACUACACAAUACCCUUUAGAAGGGUUUCUCCCCGGACUAGAUCAGCUUCUCAAAGUUGGGAGGGCGGUAGCCCUCAGCUAAGAGGAAGCUACACCCGUGCUGCGAGGAUAUGACUGUAGGCGAGUAACUUAAAGGCAUGGCAGCCGAUUACAAGAAAGCUGUUGUCAUAGAUCACUAGACGUUAACAACCUCCAUACGACUGAAACCUAGUUACGUGGCAGGCAAUACGUUGCUGUCCGUAAUUUACCUGUGUUUUCCUGGGCUCGAGCUCCACAUCUUUCCGCUUGAGCGCAGUGCUGUGCGGAGGCGGCGUGCCUGGGCGCACGUGUUCCGUCGGUACAACAACCGCGUCUGUUUGUGAAUACAUGCGUGACCUCUG